AUGGAGGGCCAACCCAUCCAAUACAAGGCGCAACUAGUUGUGCAAGGUUACAGCCAACAGCCGGGUAUCAACUAUGGCCAAACGUUUGCUCCAGUGGUACGUUUAGAUUCUAUCCGUACACUCACAUCACUUGCCAAUCAAAAUGAUUGGGACAUCCAACAGCUUGACGUUACAUUGGCGUACUUACAUGCCAACGUCAAAGAAGAGCUUUACAUGCGUCAAAUACCAUACUUUGACGACGGAUCCAGCAACAUUCUGCGCCUACGCCAAUCACUAUAUGGCCUUAAACAAGCUGGACGCAUGUGGAAUUACGCCUGUGUGUACCACCGGAUCAUGGACAUAUCCGGCGAACUCUACGUAUUGAUUGUUGCCAUCCAUGUUGAUGACUUGAUCAUAAUUACAACCCCCAACAACACCAACUUUGUAGUAUCCAAAUUACUUUGUGAAUUUGAGAUGCGCAACCUUGGACCCAUACAGCAUUUUUUAGGUAUACAUUUCAAAUGGUAUAGACAACAAGGCCUUAAAGAUGCAUACCCAGCCAAUACUCCAAUGAGUCCGAAUGUGCAACUUACACAAUAUGAUGGAAUUAAGCCAAAAUUUCCAUACGGCAUAUUUGUUGCUCAAUACACAACAUGCUAUGGUCCCGCUCAUGUGACGGCAAUCAAACAAGUUAUACAUUACCUUAAAGGAACAUCAUUCCUUGGGCUAUUGUAUAAGCAAUUGGAGGCCAAAGUUGGAUUUGGAGAAGUCAGCUACUCUGAUGCCAAUUGGGGAAGUAACUUACUUGACCGUAAGUCUAUUUCCGGCAAUGUAUACUUAUUGGGCGGAGCCACCGUUUCUUGGUCUGCUAAGAAGCAACCAACGGUCGCAUUAUCAACCAUGGAAGCAGAGUACAUGGCAUUAUCACACGCAUGUACUCAGGCAAUUUGGUUCCGUCAAUUCUUCCAGGAACUAUAUUACCCAGCUGACGCUCCCACACUCAUACUUUCAGACAACCUUGCCGCCCUAACAUUAUCCGUUGAGUUGCAGUUCCACGGUUGUUCAAAGCACAUCAACAUUUGCCAUCACUUCAUGCGCAAUACUAUCAAGAAGCGUAUGAUCUCUACGCUGUAUGUGCCAUCAAACAAGAACCUAGCUGAUGCGCUUACUAAAGCCCUACCAGCACCGCAAUUUAAUUACCUGACAAACGCAAUUAUGGGCAAACAGGUAUUUGAAGGACCCAAAGAGGAAGAAGCGGAUUAG